CUUCCCUAGUGCCAUCCAUUUGACUCGUUCAUCUCUUUCUCUCUUUCCACCUGUCCAUCCGUAGAUACUCACGUCUCACCAUCCAUCCUCCCCACGAUGACAGUCGCAGGUGUCUCUUCCGAGGCAAGCGCCCACGUCGCCUCCCUCAAGCCUCCCCACUUUGUCCUCGAGGACAUUGUCCGUCCCAACAUCCUCUCUCUACAGCCCUACCGCUGUGCCCGAGACGACUACCAAGACGGUAUUCUCCUCGACGCCAAUGAGAAUUCUCUCGGUCACGCUCUCCCUGCUGGCUCUUCCAUCCCUCACCAAGAUAGGGUAGACCACACUGCCACUCCAAUCAAUGGUGCUGGUCCAUCAGACGCUCUCAACUUGCACCGAUAUCCAGACCCUUCUCUGUAUGGUAUUAAGUCCCGUCUGGCUUCGAUGCGCAACCUCCCCGGUGAGGACCACGUAUUCCUCGGUGUUGGAUCUGAUGAGAUCCUCGAUCUCAUCCAGCGCAUCGUUGCUGCACCCGGAAAGGAUGCAAUUGCCAUUUGUCCACCCACGUACGGCAUGUACAGUGUAUGUGCAGCUGUGAAUGAUGUAGCAGUCGUCAAGGUACCACUGAGGGUCGAGGAUGGAGACUUCUCCCUGCAGGUGGACCAAUUGAUUGAGACGCUGCGUGAGCACCCAAAUGUCAAGAUUGUCUUCCUUUGCUCGCCGGGGAACCCCACCGGGACACUUCUGUCGCUGAGGGACGUCAGGCGCAUCUUGGACGAGCCAUCCUACAAGGGUCUGGUCGUAGUAGAUGAAGCGUACAUUGAUUUCGCUGAAGAGGAGAUCAGGAUGGGUGUUAGGGGCAAGGAGCCAGUCAGUGCAGUGGAGCUGGUCAAGGAGUACAAGAAUCUGCUGGUGACGCAAACAUUGAGCAAGGCGUAUGGUCUUGCUGGCAUCCGACUCGGCAUUGCCUACUCGCAGCCCGCCCUGAUUCAGCUGAUGAACAACACCAAAGCUCCUUACAACAUCUCCGUCCCCACUGCCCACCUCUCCUCCCUGGCCCUCUCCGACGCCGGCCUGAAGAAGAUGCGCGAAAAUGUCCGCACCCUCAUCUCCAGUCGCAACUGGCUAGUCGAAAACCUCGCGACCAUUCCAGGCACAGGCGAUAUCCUAGGUGGCAACGAUGCCAAUUUUGUCCUCGUACAAAUCCUCGAUGCGCCCAAGACCUCUGGAGGGAAACCUGAUAAUGCAAGGGCGGGAAUGCUGUACAAGAGAAUGGCAGAGGAGCGGGCAUUGGUAGUGAGAAAUCGAAGCUCGGAUUUGGGAUGUCUGGGAUGCUUGAGGAUUACGGUGGGAACAGAGGAGGAGAAUGAGAGGUGCAUCGAGUUGAUGAGACAACUCCUUGUAAAAGGGGAGUGGAGUUGAAGUGAGCCGGGAAAGAAAGAGGACCCCGCUAUAUAUAGAAGGACGACGAGUCUGACUUGCGCAAAGGACUGUACUUCGUAAAUGUGAUGGGUAUAUACAUUACAAUCGUCACGCUUCGUUGCCGCUGCCAGGCGACGGUGACCGCGAGCGGUAGGGGGAGGCAGAGGAGGCUACUGACCGGCGAUUGCUCUGUCGAUCAGGACUGACGCUCCGGCUGGGAGAUCGACUGACGUACCUUUCCCUCUCGUCCUCGGAGUCCUCCUGGGAAGCAUAUCCCACCUCGCUCUCAUCCACUGGCGAAGGCGGCCGUGGCUCUGCUUCCCCUCGACCAACACCAUUGCUCGCUGCCGGCGCCGCCACACCUGCCUCCCGCUCUGCCUCGGCACGAAGACGAGCCUCUCUAGCCUCCCUACCUCUAGCCACCUUUUCCCUCCACCGC